AUUAGCUUGUCCAAUUCAUUCGGAAUGGCUUCUUUCCAGGAUCGUGCUCAGCACGCCAUCGCCCAGCUCGACAAGGAGCUCUCCAAGUACCCCCUCCUCAACAACCUCGAGCGCCAGUCCUCCGUCCCUAAGGUCUACGUGAUCCUCGGCCUGGUUGGUAUCUACACCUUCCUCGUCUUCUUCAACAUCGCCGGUGAAUUCCUCGUCAACCUCGCCGGUUUUGUCAUCCCUGGCUACUACUCCCUGAACGCCCUCUUCACCGCCGGUAAGGCCGAUGACACGCAGUGGUUGACGUACUGGGUGGUUUAUGCUUUCUUCACUGUCCUUGAGAGCGCCGUCAGCGCCCCCUACUGGUUCCCCUUCUACUACAUCUUCAAGUUCGCCCUUGUCCUCUGGAUGGCUCUGCCCCAGACCAACGGCGCUCAAAUCGUCUUCCACUCUUUCAUUCAGCCCGUGCUCGGCCGCUUCUUCCAGGGUGGUUCCACCUCUGCGAACCUCCGCGCCCAGGCCGAUGCUGCCACCAAGGCGCAGUAAAUAGACUUUACUUAGAAAGUCGAGCAGCUGGGGGCCGAUCUACAGUCUAUGGCGACUGCAGAUCGAACCUCAGGACACUCGACAGGUCGAGGUCGGAAAAGAAAACCCGAACCAGCCGGUGGAUUGUUGGAUAUGACAUCUUCCUUGAUAUGUUUGGACAAUUUACGUUCUUCUGAACUGGAUUGAAUAAAGAUUGAAAAGAGGGAUGGUCAUCACUGGGGGUUCUUGGGGCUCCUGGUGAUGGAGAAUACGGAGAGUGAGGGCUGGGCCAAUCUUUGUCAUGUUACUGUUGUUUUGUCAUGAAUUGCUUGGGCA